AUGAUCGACUACAAAGUUUCCCCCUGUGACAAUCUCUACCAGUUCGCCUGUGGAAAGUGGCUGAAAGAUUCCAUCAUACCCAGCGAUCAGGCCUCCAUCUCAACGUUUAUCAGCUUGAAAGAUCGCAUAGAUAUUAUACUGAAAGGUCUCUUAGAGGAACCUCAUCGACCAACAGAUCUACCAAGCAUGAGGAAGGUCAAGGAUUUAUUCGCCUCUUGUAUGAACCAGGAUCUACAAACCGCCCGUUCCGAUAAGCCACUAAGGACAAUCAUAGAUAAUGAACUGGGUGGCUUCCCAAUCAUGAACGGCUCGUGGACAGAAGAAAACUUUGAGUUGGGUCACGCGAUGCGGGCCAUGCAAAGACGGUACCAGGAGGCGAUUAUCUCAUUCUAUGUGGACGUGGACUACAGCAACACAUCCAGACAGAUGUUGCAGGUUGACCAGCCCGGAUUUGGGUUAGCUAAAACUUACCUGCUUGGUGCCAGAAACAGUACUUUUGUCGUGGCAUAUGAAACAUUUCUCUACGGGAUGGGCUCGCUGCUAGGGUUUGCUGACGUCAACAGGGCCAGGGCAGACGUCACGGAGGUUGUGGACUUUGAGAUUCAGUUGGCAAACAUUUCUGUACCAGCAGAACAGCUUGUGUCUGUUACCAACUACUUUCACCCUACCACUCUCGGCCAACUACAGACAAAGUAUGGCCAGAUAAUGAACUGGACACAUUUCUUCCAAACUUUGCUGAGUGACCCUCAUAUUGGCAUCACGGAGAUUGACGAGAGUGAGAGGGUCAACAACGUAGUUCCAGCAUAUUUCGACAGGCUCGCUGUCCUGCUCAACCAGACGUCAAAACGGACAGUAGCCAACUACAUCGUGUUUAAAUUUAUGCUGUCUGUAAGCCAAAUGAUGGGAGAGAAAUACUUAACCCUGUAUUAUGAUUAUCAAAAGGUGAUAUCCGGACAGAUAUCGAGGCGACCUGUCUACAAGUCGUGUGUAGGAACGGUCAGUAACUUCAUCAACAUGCCACUGGCUAAGAUGUUCGUCCGAGAAUACUUUGAUGACGAGAUUAAAGAUAUGUUACUCGACAUGGGAGGUAACCUCCAAGAGGCUUUCACUGAGCUGCUCCAGGAUGUGACUUGGAUGGACAACAGUUCCAAGAUAUUGGCUAAGGAAAAAAAUGACUUCAUCAAGUUUGUAAUUGGCUACCCACCCGAGCUCACAAAUGACUCGUUUAUCGAAGAAAAAUACAAGAAUUACACAUUAAAGAACGACACUUACUUUGAGAACAUAGCGGACAUGAGAGUUGAGAUCGCCUAUCAGGACUGGCGAGUACUGAGGUGGGCUGGAGGUUCCAUUCUAUUCCUCAACUACGGCAGCCUUGGUAUGAUACUUGGGCACGAAAUUACACACGCUUUUGACAGCCAAGGUCGUAGGUACAACAAGUAUGGUGAGAUAGUGCAGUGGUGGUCUAGUGCUGCAGUUAAUGCGUUCAACAGCAGAAAAUUGUGCAUGACAUACCAGUACGGAAACUACACCAUCAAAGCUUCAAACAAGACGUAUAAUGUCAGUGGUACCAGGUCUCUAAACGAGAACAUCGCUGAUAACGGCGGCAUCAAACAGUCGUUUAAGGCUUAUAGGAACUGGGUGACGAAACAAGGGAGAGAAGAGCCAAGAUUGCCGGGGUUAAACUUUACCAACAACCAGCUGUACUUCAUCAGUCAGGCUCAGACAUGGUGCCAGUCUAACACAGACGCCCAGGCCUUGUACCUGCUCAACAACGAUGUCCACAGUCCCUCUAUAUACAGGGCCAACGGACCAGCACAAAAUUUUCCCGAGUUUUCUAAAGAGUUCAACUGUCCAGUUGGGUCUUACAUGAAUCCUGUGGACAAGUGUAGUGUGUGGUGA